UUUAUUGACUGGCAUUUUCAGUCUCUCCGUUCCGCAGCCCUUUGACGUGGAGCAACCGUGUCCAGUUGAACUGAUCAGCCUCGCUUGCAGCAUUCUCUUUUCUGCUGUUCAUUCAUAUUUCAUUAAAGAAAAAAAAAAAAUAGUUGGACAUGACCACCUCUGACGUCUCCUCCACAAAUAAGCCUUCUCCUGAUCACCGCAACGGUGUGGUUCACAGAAAGGGUCUUGCACAAACAUCAAUGCUAGAUCCAUCUCCCGAUUCUGUACAUGUUCGCAAGCGCGACCAUGUCCUUCAAACCACGGAUGAUGACCGACAGGAGAUGGGAGACUUCAACUCCAAUAGCGACUCGAAACCAUCUGACCGACCGCAAUCCCUCUCUCCAAAUGAUGUCCCCAACUUCAUGUUGCUCAUCGUCUUGUAUCUACUCCAGGGCAUUCCUGUUGGCCUCUCCUUCGGAUCCAUACCAUUCUUAUUGAAAGCCAAGAUGUCGUAUUCUGAGAUUGCCAUCUUUUCUCUCUCUUCAUGGCCAUACUCUCUAAAACUGUUAUGGUCUCCUAUUGUCGACGCUAUUUACUGGCCUGAGCUGGGCCGUCGAAAGUCUUGGAUCAUUCCUAUCCAAACGCUGACGGGAAUACUGUUUUUGGCGUUGGGAUGGCAUAUUGAUGCCAUUAUGGCUGAGGAUAACAUCAAUAUCUACUUCAUUACCACUCUUUUCUUGGUCACCAUAUUCUUUUGCGCGACACAAGAUAUCGCCGUAGAUGGAUGGGCAUUGACCCUGUUGUCAAAGGAUAGUUUGUCCUAUGCUUCCACUGCUCAGACCAUUGGUUUGAAUACCGGCUAUUUCCUGUCCUUCACUGUGUUCUUGGCGCUCAAUUCAGCCGAAUUCAGUAACAAGUACUUGCGCUCAGCUGAAAAUGUUGCUGAAGUUGGGGUCAUGCCACUUGGCACCUAUAUGAUUUUUUGGAGUGUGAUGUACCUGCUUAUUACCGCUUGGUUACUCAUUGUGAAAACUGAGCGUCAAUCCACCUCAGACGAAGAUCUUUUAGGCAUUAGAGGUGUCUACCAUACUAUCUGGAAAAUUUGCAAAUUACCACAUAUGAAAUCUUUUGUUACUAUCCUAUUGGUAGCCAAGAUUGGAUUCAUCUGCAAUGAAGGCGUUACUGCUUUGAAACUUUUGGAGAAAGGGUUUUCGAAAGAAGAUCUUGCGCUGGCCGCGCUUUUGGACUUCCCAUUCCAAAUCGUUUUUGGAUACUAUGCUGCGAAAUGGAGUAGCGGACCCAAGCCGUUGAGACCUUGGCUUUACGCUUUCUAUGGCCGUUUGACCUGCGCUGUUCUGGGCAUGCUAGUCGUAUACUUUUACCCUGAGGGCCAAUCUAUCUCACUUUUCUACUUUUGUGUCAUCAUGUUAUCCACUGUGCUCAGCUCCUUCAUGUCUACUGUACAAUUCGUCAGUAUCUCUGCCUUCAUGACUAGCGUAGCUGAUCCUUUGAUUGGAGGUACAUACAUGACGCUUCUGAACACGUUCAGCAACUUUGGUGGAACCUGGCCCAAGUUUUUUGUCUUGGAAGCGGUGGACAAGUUUACUGUCACUACGUGCAGUGUACCUAACGCUGAUGGAUCAGAGAUGUCGUGCAUGACCGAAGCUGCCAAAAUCGCCUGUCAGAAGUUGGGAGGAACCUGCAUAAACCAACAAGAUGGAUACUAUUAUGCUGGCAGCCUUUGCGUCUUACUCGGCAUUACUCUCCUUGUGCUCUUUGUGAAGCCUGCCAUCUUGAAGAUCCAAACCAUACCCAAACACAUGUGGAGAUUGAAGGCAGCAGAAGACGAAAAGUCAAGUUUGUAGAGGUGCCGUAUAUCAUCCAACCGAUAUCAUUUUUGGUCAAAAAAAAAAAAAACGCCUAGACGAUAGGUCUUAGUAGAAGAAAAACAACUAGUUUUAGAAUGUAGGCUUGGAGAACAUAGUAUUCGAGAAGAACCUCAAGAGAAGUUCAAUAAAAAGCAAAGUUUUCAAUUUUUUUUUUUUUCAAAACUGCUA